CGUCACUCAUGUCUACAAACACCAAAUCAGAAAUGUCCAUCCAACAUGUCAUCAACGACCUUCGGACACCCAUCCACGACAUCCAUAACUUGGUCAGACAGCUAUGCAUUCCAUUGGACGCGGCAAGGCUGUUACCUCCACAGUACAGAAGAAACUACGCACAUUCCAGUGGCUCUGACGGAGUUAUCGACGGCGCCAAAGUCUUUCCAGUGCUUCAGCGCAUACUUCUGGAAACCAUUCUGCCGACAUGGGAGCCGGCUCUGAAGGAGGAAGGAUACAUGCCACUGAUCCAGCAGUAUUUCUGCCCCGAUGCUUUCUCGAACUCAUCCACUGCUGCCGGAAUCACUGCGUUAUGUGCAUAUUCGACCAUCCUUUCGCUGCCGACUCAACAGAUCACUUUGGACAUCCUACUAAGGCUCACGAGGGAAUAUCCUAUUGACAGGCUAUACAAAACUGUCUCUGAAAUUCUCGACGCCGAGCGAAGGUCGUUGGCAUGGGAUGAUUGUCUCCGGGACGUGUUUGCGGUACCAAGCAAGGUCGCGAAUGCUCUCGCGGGUCGUGCCGUCCCCCCUCCACUAGGAAUGUCAGACUAUACCAAUAACUUGAGCGUGCGGUGCGAGUUUCUGCUUUACACCUUAUCAUCGACUUUCCUACCAGAUGAUGUAUCGCUCCUCACGCAGUUAUUCAUGAAACUUGUUGGUGUGGGCAUGUUCCCAAGUCAACUACAUCUAUCACCCUCUCAGCCGUCUUUCUUUCGGUCAUCUUUCCCCCUAAUCCGGCAGAGAUUGCGGGAGAACAAUAGUAGUUCGCGGGCUUAUAAGAAAUUAUGGAACACUCUUCUGUCCUCACUGCCUUCCUUGUUGACACAACAAGCUGUGGUUGGGUCACUUUUUGCGUCUCUGGAGUCAUCGUUGGGUGUGUCUGCUUGUAGUGGGGGUACCAUUUCACGCGAGGCUUUGCUGCUGCAAUGCGUGUUAGGCGAAGCGUCAGAAGACACGAACCUCUGGCAAGUCAUUACCUCUGUAAUUUUUACUCGGACGUGGAGUCAAAACCAUGCCCGUGUAUUCGUGUGUUGGAUUUCCCGGAACACGAGAGCACUGGAGGGGUUUAUUUCCGACCUUUUAAGUAUCUGGGCCAAUCCUGAUCACAUCAAGUAUUCGUUGCUAUCUCAGCAUCAUUACAUGUCUGCAUUACUCAUUCUCUCGAUAACGCAAUUCCCCUGUUCAUCUUCACAGGUGGAGGCUGUUGCUCUCUCUGCAUCUUUCGUCUCGGCUAUUGGAACGUAUAUAGGCCACACGGAUAACAGUAUCCGGCGCUGUGGUAUGUUGUUAGCUGAAAUCGUAUCAAGUCGGGUCGGAAGAUCUCUCGACUUUGGCGACUGGGACGGGGACAAUGAUGGCCGAGGAUGGGCGAGGGAAAUGAGGGAACUGUGCACUCGGAGGGAUGCAGAUUCACAGCCCUUAUUUGAAGACGAGGACGACACUGGGAUUCACGAGGCAGUUUCUUCGAAUGAUGGAAUCGAAAGUAUUCCCAUGCAGAACUUGCGGCUGGAGUCAGAAGUUGCUGGAUCACAACUCUCUGGUACGCGGAAUAUUGAAAUAGAAGCAGACAGGGGAUAUGAUUCCGACGAUUCGUUGAUUGGGUAUGCUUCUUCUUCGGCUAGCUCCUCGUCACCCACGCCAUCGGAGUUGCUGGAGAUCGAACAAGACCCAACUCUCCAUGUUGGUGCGAAGAAGGUCCCACGACCAGUCUAUCUCACACAGCUUGGAGCGCUCGUACGCGGUACUGAUGGACUCAAUUCGGAGGAAAAGAAUCACGAGGCAGAGAAAAUUGAGAUGGCUCUGACCGUAGGAGAAGAUUUGAUUCGCCGCAAGCGGGACUUUGGAACGGAGCUAGUCGAAAAUGCCGCCAAUCUUGUGUACGGAUUUAUUGUUUUGAAUAACAAUUAUGACCUCGAGGACUUCGAUGACAAAAGGGAGCGUAUCAUGAUCGCUUUAGUUGCUUGCUGCCCAAAGGUCGCUGCACCGUGUGUGAUUGAGGAAUUUUUCAAGAAUCAAUAUUCCACCGAGCAGCGGUUUGUUAUCUUGAACGCCCUUGCGAUGGGAGCGCGAGAACUAACAUCGUUACCUGCCUAUUCCCCACGGCCCUCGCCUUUCCCAAGUAAAAUGUUACCACCUGGUUUGCAUCAGAAAUAUUCAGCUGCGCGGCUCCAGGACAAUGUUGAACUACUCUUGGGUGAUAUCACUCGGGACGCUGUUGACAAGAGCCGGGAACCUAUUACUGAUAAACUACCAGAGUUUAGUCGAGAGCGACAGUUAAGAAUCAGGAAGGCUGGUACAGUAACUGAAACGAUCCAACGGCCAAACCAUGGUGCUGUGUUCCCUCAGUUCCAAUCCCCGAGGGCGAUAACGUACACCGAGGUGGCGGCUGAGUACUUCAUCAUGCCGCUCAUCAACCGGUUUUGGGUGUUCCUGCGCGACGAACAGGUUCGAGAGGAGCGAACUGCACAUCGGGACGUCCUAUUUCAAUAUCGCGGAGCUGGGACUGGGCUCAUCCUAAACCCAGUUAUACUUUCUCAUCUUUUACGUACCAUUGCGAUCCUAGUGCAUGCGGCCAGGAAUGGUCCUCAAUGGCUUGCUGUAAUUGCUCCGGAGGCACUGGAAUUAUCAGUUACUCUGGGGUCGCGACAAAUCUCGUCAGCUCUCAGCGACCAAGCCAAAGAAACGAGCACCGUACAUAGCGAGAAGAAGAACGAGGCGGCUGUUUUGACGUCCGCUUUGGACCUCGCUAUAAUUAUUCUGGAUGGAUCCCUGGAGCAAGACGGCGGUCGCACGCUGAGUCUAGAACACUCAGCGCUACUUUUCAGUGUUGGGGAGUGGGCAGGGGAAGUGUUCAAAGUGCUUGAUAGUGGAGGUCGCGUCGAAGGAAUGGGAGGGACACACGAAGUUGGUCUACGCAGAGCUGCAGCGGGUGUUGUUCUCAAAUUUCAGGAGCUAAUGUCCAGAUGGAGAAGGUCAAUGGUGGAUGUCAGAUAAUGCAAGGGAAGUUCUGGUUGGUUCAAAGCGGAUUGACCGGCAGAUUUGUUUGUGACGUGAUAAGGUUGCUCCUCUGGUGGGAUGAGAAAUUUCGCCUUCCCCGCAACUACUUGGAACUGCAUGAAAAACGCUGUUCUGCCGAUGAAACUGGUCCAAUCGCUAAGCCAGACAAGGCGUGGAGUGCUUGUCAUCCGUUACAGAAUUACUAGCUGUGUCGUCAUCAACUUCUGGUCAGGCAGAAGAAAGCCUACGCACCGCGGAUUCCACUUAACUUCGUAUUACUACUAUGUAGUACCGUGGGAGGUG